UCGGAAGGGGGUGCCGGGGCCAGUAGGCGAGACGCUCAGCCCAGGCCCUCUGCGCCUGGGCUCAACCUCAAGAGGACCAACAAGAGCCAACUCGGGGCCCAGCGGACCCACGCCAUCCUGGCGCUCAGAGGCGCUUGUCCCAAGCCCGGAGGCCCGGUAGGCGCCGCCGGAGGAGCCCCGCAGACGCCAUGCUAAAAGCCAAAAUGGCUGCCCCGAGGAUGCCCGCAGCGCGCCGCCUGUGAGCAGGGAGCCGGCCGCUGCGGGAGCGGGGGAGGGGGCGCCGGGAAGGCAGUCGCCGCUCGCCAGCCGGAGCCUCUCAGGUUGUAGCCGCAGGCAUCCCUUGCCUUUACUUUUAAUUUCUAUUUGGAAAGGAACUGUUCAAAGGGGGAAAAUGAUAAAGUUCUUCCUUAUGGUGAACAGACAGGGGCAGACCCGACUGUCUAAGUACUAUGAGCACGUGGAGAUUAAUAAGCGCACACUUCUGGAAACGGAGGUCAUCAAGAGUUGUCUGUCUCGAUCCAGCGAACAAUGCUCGUUCAUUGAAUAUAAGGAUUUUAGGCUGAUCUAUCGGCAGUAUGCAGCUCUCUUCAUCGUGGUCGGAGCUAAUGACACCGAGAAUGAGAUGGCUAUUUAUGAAUUCAUACACAACUUCGUAGAAGUUUUAGACGAGUACUUCAGCCGAGUGAGUGAACUAGAUGUAUCCUUUUUCAGAACAUUUCCCAUGCUAUGUGGAAAAGCCCACUCUAGGUGUAAUCAGAUAAUGUUUAAUUUGGAUAAAGUCCACAUCAUUUUGGACGAGAUGCUGCUGAACGGCUGCAUUGUGGAAACUAACAGAGCGAGAAUCCUGGCCCCUCUCCUGAUCCUCGACAAGAUGUCGGACAGCUGAGGACAACUGCCAGGCAAGGCCGGAAUGGCGGGCACGCCAAAGACGUCGCGAACCAUGCAGCCUUCCGAGAGCUGGCGGUGGCUGUUCCCCAUGACUCCUCAGGAGAAAACAAUUCUGUGUACAAAGAAACUUUUUCUCUAAGCAGAGAGCCAAGGUUUCACAUGGCAACUGUACAGAUGUUUUCCUUCCGUGGGAGCAGCAGGGCCGUGGUGGCAGAACGAUGGCAGCUGUCCUUUAGCCAAUAAAUUUCUAACUGACUUGCC